AAUCAAUAUUUGAGCCAGCUAGUAGUUAUUUCGAUGAUGAUCUGAGGUAUCUGAGAUAUUGCGGUGGUCAUAGCAAUAUAAAAGCAUUCACCGGUGAAAUACGAAGUCCCGGCUAUCCAUCGUUUUAUCCAAAAAAUGUUACGUGUAAUUGGUUAUUACGUGUGGAUCCCGGUAAAAAAGUUUAUAUACGUAUACAGUACCUGGAAUUAUCACCAACAAUGGCGGAAUGUGAUAAGGCAUCAGUGUAUAUAAUAGAUGGUUAUCGUCAUGACUCAGCAGAUAAGAAAGAUGAUGCAAAUCAGGUGAAAUUUUGUGGCAGUCAACUUUAUUACACCGAGGAAGGUAUGAAGUCAUAUAUGUCCACCGGGAAUCGUCUCAUUGUUCGAUUUGAAACAAACGAUCAUCCAAGUCCAUCUUUGCUAGCAAAGUAUGAGAAACAAGGCAAACCGAUUGGUUUUCGUUUGAUAUGGACUGAAGUUGAGAGUAUUUUACCGGAAGGAAAUGUCUGUCCGGGUUUUGCUUGUAAAGGUGGUGAAUUAUGCAUCGAUAAUGGACAAAAUGUUUGCGCAAGUCGAACUCAAUUAUGCAUUGAUAAAUCACUUAUCUGUAAUGGUGUGCAUAAUUGUGCAGAAAAUGAUUAUACUGAUGAAGAAGAUUGCUAUUCUCAACAUAUUAUCAUAUCAAUAUGCUCAAUAAUCUUCCUUCUCAUACUACUCAUCAUAUCGGCGAUUUUGUGGCAACGAACAAUUAGACGGCGUAUGAAAGAACGAAAACGUCAAGAUCCUGGUGUUACAACAAUAGGAUCAACCUCAUUAGCAGAUAGUAAUGGAAAAAAUGCGGCUAUUUGGGAACCAACAAGAUGUUCCUCGAUGAAUCUCGAUCAAUCAUUGGACAUUCAUCAUCUUCAUCCUGGACGUUAUCGAAGUCACUGUCAUCAUCAUCGUUAUCAUGACCAGCAAAAACAACAGAAACAACAACAAAACCAUAUAGCUCUCAUCGAAAUGAAUACUUUUCACUCGGCUUUAUUAUAA